CUGCUUCCUCGCUGUAAUCUGCGCAGGGUCGCAGUUGUUGUGCCUCCUUUAUUUUUUCAAAAGCAGUGAGACCAUGACUGGCGGGACCGAGUUUCACAAGACCUACAACAACAAUAGCAACAGCAAUAGCAACAACAGCAACAGCUCCGACACCGGGAUGGACGUAGACAUGGAGUCGGGUCAUUUGGAAGGAGAGCGGGGAGACGCGGAGGGAAGUAUCCGGGCUGCGUGCUCCUCUAACGGCAGCGGCGCGGAGGACGACGAGGCCCGAGAAGCCGGGGGCUGUAGUAGUCAUCACAUCCCGGAUAGAGGAGGGGUGCUCGGCUGCGGCAGGGAGCAGGACGUGUCGGUGGAAAUCGGAGAGACGUAUUUAUGUCAACGAGCCGAUAAAACAUGGCAUACAGCAGAAGUUAUUCAGUCGCGGCUCAACGAGCAGGAGGGCAGAGAAGAGUUUUAUGUUCAUUAUGUUGGAUUCAACAGACGUCUGGACGAGUGGGUCGGCAAGGCUCGCCUGGCGCUUACCAAGACGGUGAAGGACGCGGUGAGGAAGAGCACGGAGAUCGGCGGCGUCGGAGACUUGGGCGAACAGCCGGAGAGAAAGAUCACUCGAAACCAGAAGCGCAAACACGAUGAGAUCAACCACGUGCAGAAGACGUAUGCAGAGAUGGACCCAACAACAGCGGCACUGGAGAAGGAGCAUGAGGCGAUCACGAAGGUAAAAUACGUGGAUAAGAUCCAGAUAGGAAACUUUGAGAUCGACGCCUGGUAUUUCUCGCCGUUUCCCGAAGACUACGGCAAGCAGCCCAAGCUGUGGAUCUGCGAGUACUGCCUCAAAUACAUGAAGUACGAGAAGACCUUCAGGCAUCACCUGUCGCACUGUCAGUGGAAGCAGCCUCCAGGAAAAGAGAUCUACAGAAGAAGCAACAUCUCCGUGUAUGAAGUAGACGGUCGAGAUCACAAGAUCUACUGUCAGAAUCUUUGUCUACUAGCGAAGCUGUUUCUGGACCACAAGACGCUGUAUUUUGACGUGGAGCCUUUUAUCUUCUACAUUCUCACCGAGGUCAACAAACACGGAGCGCACAUCGUCGGCUACUUCUCUAAAGAGAAAGAAUCUCCAGACGGGAAUAACGUAGCGUGUAUUCUCACGCUGCCGCCGUACCAGCGCAGAGGUUACGGAAAGUUCCUCAUAGCGUUCAGUUACGAGCUGUCGAAGCUGGAGAGCGCCGUCGGGUCUCCUGAGAAGCCUUUGUCUGAUUUGGGGAAGCUGAGCUACAGAAGCUACUGGUCCUGGGUUCUGCUGGAGAUCCUGAGAGACUUCAGAGGGACGCUGUCCAUCAAAGACCUCAGUCAGAUGACCAGCAUCACGCAGAGUGACAUCAUCAGCACGCUGCAGUCGCUCAACAUGGUGAAGUACUGGAAAGGUCAACAUGUGAUCUGUGUGACGCCCAAACUGGUGGAGGAGCAUCUGAAGAGCGCCCAGUACAAGAAACCGCCCAUCACAGUGGACACGAUGUGUUUGAAGUGGGCUCCUCCCAAAAAUAAACAGGCCAAGUUGUCCAAGAAGUGAGAGACGGCAACGCCACUUCUGUCAACCUUCAACCAACGUUCAGUCAACCAAUCCAUCCAUGUGUUCAUAUCACUCUCCUCCUCAAUCUGCUGUUAUAAAAACUCAAACUGUAAAUAAUUGUUAGUAUCAUCUGUCAGUAUUUUCUUAAAAUAUAUAUUAAAAAACA